AUGAACAAGCAGCUUGGAAGUAAGAUAGAAAAAUCUAAAACUCCCACUCUUCAGAAACAUUUACUUGGACAUGGUAUUUCUUUUAUAAACUCAAAAUAUGACAAAAGUUAUUUCAUCUCAGCCUGUCAAGACGAUGAGCCUGAUAUCGACUACUAUCGUCGUAUAAUUGAGCUAGAUAAGAACAAGAGAUCAGUGAAGGAGAUCAGUAAAACCCGGAUCACGUAUGAAGAAGAGAAGAAAAAUAAGAUGGUAGAGAUAGCAAAGACUAAAUAAAUUCAACAAUGAUGAAAAGGCAAAUACAGCUUCUUUAGCUCCUAAAAUAGACUCUAGUGCUCGCUGAAUGUUUAUGUACAAGCGUCCUGGCACUAAGAACAUGUUUGGCAAGACAAAUACUUCUAUUGUGACAUUGUUUCCAACUCCACCGGCGAAAUUUGUCCCGAAGGAUAAAGAAAAAGCAAUUGCACAUUUUAGAGAGAAAUGACAAGCUAGUACAGACUCUCAUGAUUGUAAGAGCCUUAAGAAGCAGAAUCCAUUUGUUUUCAUGGCAGGGUAUAAAUUGAGAAAUGGGAUUUAA